AUUCAUUAUCUUCUUCGCAAAGACAAAAUUUUGACGAAACAAAGGGGGAGGGAGACAGAAUCCCUCAUUCUUUCAUGGUUCACGGUCUCUCAUGGCGCUUAUUCUGAGACCCCCACACCACCUCCGUCUCCGUCUCCGUCUCCGUCUCACUCUCAUGGCUUCCCGCCCCAUUGCUUACUCUUCUCUUCACUCUCACUCGCACCUCCCUCGGCCCGCCCUCUUCUUCAAGCCCAGGGAAAAUUAUCCAUUGAGGACAGUGACCAUUUGCUCAUCGAGCAGAAAGCUGGGUCCCACGAGGGCAUUCAUGUCAUCCAGCGCCUUGACUGAAUCAUUUCAGGGAAGCGUGAAUUCAAAAGCUUAUGGGUCUGAGCAAAUUCAGGUACUGGAGGGAUUGGACCCUGUGAGGAAAAGGCCUGGUAUGUACAUUGGAAGCACUGGACCACGUGGCCUACACCAUUUGGUUUAUGAGAUUUUGGAUAAUGCUGUUGAUGAGGCACAAGCAGGAUUUGCUUCAAACAUCGAUGUUGUUUUGUGCGCUGAUGGUUCGGUCAGCAUCACUGAUGAUGGACGUGGGAUUCCCACUGAUCUUCAUCCUGUAACAAAGAAAUCUGCUGUGGAGACUGUUCUCACGGUCUUACAUGCAGGAGGCAAAUUUGGUGGUUCUAGUAGUGGCUACAGUGUAUCUGGUGGAUUGCAUGGUGUGGGCUUAUCUGUGGUUAAUGCACUGUCCGAGGCAUUAGAAGUCACUGUUUGGCGUGAUGGGAGGGAAUACCAACAGAAAUAUUCUCGUGGGAAACCUGUAACUCCCCUAACCUGUCAUGUGCUUCCAGUUGAAUUUAAGGAUCGUAGUGGAACUCGGAUCCAGUUUUGGCCUGACCAUGAAGUGUUUACAACUGAAAUUGAGUUUGACUACAACACACUCGCUGGCCGAAUCAGGGAACUUGCUUUCCUGAACCCCGAGCUUAAAGUGACAUUUAAAAUGGAAGAUGAUGAUCCGGGAAAAAUUCUAUAUAAUGAAUACUACUAUGCCGGCGGAUUGGUUGAGUACGUGAACUGGCUUAACGCUGAUAAGAAACCGCUUCAUGACGUCGUGGGUUUCAGGAAGGAGAUUGAUGGUGUUACCAUUGAUGUAGCCCUUCAAUGGUGUGGGGAUGCAUAUUCUGAUAUGUUGCUAGGAUAUGCGAAUAGCAUUCGCACCAUUGAUGGUGGGACCCACAUAGAUGGUCUGAAGGCUUCUUUGACGAGAACUCUCAAUAACCUUGGGAAGAAGUCGAAAGCCAUCAAGGAAAAAGACAUAACUUUGAGCGGCGAGCAUGUUAGGGAGGGACUGACUUGUGUUAUUUCAGUUAAAGUUCCAAAUCCGGAGUUUGAAGGACAGACGAAGACAAGGUUGGGAAAUCCUGAGGUUCGCAGAUUGGUCGAUCAAUCUGUUCAGGAGUAUCUUACUGAAUACUUGGAGUUGCAUCCCGAUACGCUCGAUUCAAUCCUGUCCAAGUCUUUGAAUGCCCUCAAGGCAGCAUUAGCAGCAAAGAGAGCAAGGGAGUUGGUGAGACAAAAGGGUGUUUUAAGAUCGUCUUCUCUUCCUGGAAAACUAGCUGAUUGCUCCUCUACAAACCCUGAAGAGGCUGAAAUCUUUAUAGUGGAAGGGGACUCAGCUGGUGGAAGUGCAAAACAAGGUCGUGAUAGGCGCUUCCAGGCUAUUCUCCCUCUUCGGGGCAAAAUCUUGAAUAUUGAAAGGAAGGAUGAGGCAGCAAUGUACAAGAAUGAGGAGAUACAAAAUCUAAUUCUUGGUCUGGGACUUGGGGUGAAGGGGGAAGAUUUCAAAAAGGACUCUUUACGUUAUCACAAGAUCAUCAUCCUGACGGAUGCUGAUGUGGAUGGUGCCCACAUCCGAACUCUCCUAUUGACAUUUUUCUUUAGAUAUCAGAGGUCCCUGUUCGAUGAAGGUUGCAUCUAUGUCGGGGUCUCGCCGCUUUACAAGGUUGAAAGGGGAAAACAAGUCUACUACUGCUAUGAUGAUUCUGAGCUCAAGAAGCUCCAGAGAUCCUUCCCUUCAAAUGCUUCCUACAACAUUCAGAGGUUUAAGGGAUUGGGAGAGAUGAUGCCCUUACAGCUGUGGGAAACGACCAUGAAUCCUGAGACAAGGCUGCUGAAGCAGUUGGUGGUUGAGGAUGCAGCUGAAGCUAAUGUCGUCUUCUCCUCCCUCAUGGGUGCCCGGGUGGAUGUCCGCAAGGAACUCAUACAAAAGUCGGCAAAGAUGAUCGAUAUAGAUCAGUUGGAUAUUUGAAAGUUCUCAACGUAGACAAGCAGCAAAGGAUAUUUCCUUUCAAUACUAUAAAGACGCGAAUUUCCUUGGUUGUUGCUCGAGGAAGUGGAUUUGUUUCUGCACCAGUUUUGCUACUCAGAGUUAUAUGGUUCGGCAGCAACCAUGUCGAAGUUUUGGCACAUGAGGCCUCAUCUCUAUAGCUGUCGGGUGAUAAGAAAUGUCUGGUGGUGUGUGGAGGGAAUUUAUUUGUUAAAUUAUGAAACAAGGAAAAGAAAAAAAGAUACUUUUUGGUUUUCUCAUUGCAAUACAAAUCCGUCCCAUGUGUCUUCAUUGUUAACCGGCAUAGGUUUUUUAUUUUUACUCUUAAAGUAAAAUUUCAGCUCCUUCCAGUCGUUCAUGAACUUUUGUAUAGCUUUUAAAUGUCACUGUGCAAACUUCCGAAUGAGAAAUUCUGGCCAGAGUA